AAUUUUAUUUUAUUUGAAUUGAACGAAACUGCUGCUUCUCUCUCUCUCUCUCUCCCCGGCAAACUCCACGAAAUUCUGCGAUUGUUUUUGUAUUCUUCUUUACCCACUCCGUUUUUCUUUAUAGGUGUAUAUUUGCUUCGGCUUGUUCAAUUUUUCACCUUUAUGUAUUUACUUGGGAUAUAGUACCAUUAUGCUGGCUAUAUCUGCAAGGCCAGUUAGAAUUUAAUAUAGCCAAUGAGGAUAACUACUUAUCUGUUGGGCUACCUGGCACCUACAUGGGCAAGUCUAGUUGCCGGCACCUUUGUCCUUGUCACUCUAGUGCUGUCAACAUACCUUGUGUUCGAGCACCUGUCUGCGUACAAGAAUCCUGAGGAGCAAAAAUUUUUGAUUGGAGUUAUCAUAAUGGUGCCAUGUUAUGCAGUAGAAUCGCUUGUAUCAUUGGUGAACCCAUCGAUUAGUAUUGAUAUCGAGAUACUAAGGGAUUGCUACGAGUCCUUUGCCAUGUAUUGCUUUGGAAGAUACCUUGUUGCAUGCUUGGGUGGGGAAGAGAGGACAAUUGAGUUUAUGGAAAGAGAAGGGCGUGCAAGUUCUAAGACGCCACUAUUAGAACACAGUUCUGAAAAAGGAACCGUGAAGCAUCCUUUUCCAAUGAGCUAUUUAUUGAAGCCGUGGAAACUAGGCCAAUGGUUUUACCAAGUUAUCAAAAUCGGAAUUGUUCAAUAUAUGAUAAUAAAGUCUCUAAGUGCUAUUUUAGCAGUAAUCCUUGAAGCCUUUGGUGUAUAUUGUGAAGGAGAAUUCAAAUGGGGAUGUGGGUACCCAUAUAUCGCAGUGGUGUUAAAUUUCAGUCAGUCGUGGGCUUUGUACUGUCUAGUUCAAUUUUAUACUGCUACGAAGGAUGAAUUGGCACACAUAAAGCCAUUGGCUAAGUUUCUAAUGUUUAAAUCAAUUGUAUUCUUGACUUGGUGGCAAGGUGUUGCGAUUGCUAUUCUCUACGCACUGGGUUUGUUCAAAAGUCCUAUAGCUCAGGCUUUACAGUUUAAGUCAAGCGUUCAAGAUUUCAUCAUCUGUAUAGAGAUGGGCAUUGCUUCCAUUGUUCACUUGUAUGUAUUUCCGGCAAAACCUUAUGAGCUAAUGGGAGACCGUUUCCCUGGAAGUGUUUCAGUUCUUGGAGACUAUGCAUCUGCUGAUUGUCCUUUGGAUCCUGAUGAGGUUAGAGACAGUGAGCGCCCUACAAAACUGCGCCUUCCUCACCCCGACAUUGAGGUCAGAAGUGGAAUGACUAUUAGAGAAAGUGUUCGGGAUAUUGUUAUUGGUGGUGGGGGACAUAUUGUGAAGGAUGUGAAGUUCACAGUAACCCACGCAGUGGUGCCUGUAGAAAAGGGGUUCACAAGGUUCGGUGAGAAGUUACAAAAGAUCUCUCAAAACAUGAAGAGGCAUGACCGGGACAGAAGAAGAACAAAAGAUGAUAGUUGCCUCGCCAUUUCAUCACCUACAAGGAAGGUGAUUCGCGGGAUAGAUGACCCUCUAUUGAAUGGGAGCAUGAGUGAUAGUGGGGUCUCAAAAGGAAAGAAACAUCGCCGGAAAUCAGGAUAUACUAGUGCAGAAAGCGGGGGAGAGAGCAGUAGCGACCAAAGCUAUAGUGGAUAUCUGAUCAGAGGUCAAAGGUGGGUUACCAAAGAUUAGUUGAAAAAAAAAAAAAGAAAAAAAAAAGGUUUACGAGGAUGG